AUGCCGAAGAGUACGAGAAACAUCUCAAAAGAAACCGUCAACGAGCUCUUCGAUGCUCCAAGACCAAAGCCCGGAAAGAUCCUCCAGAUCCGCUCAGGAAAGGUCAAGACGCUCGUCGCCGAGCCAUCAGGCAUCUUCAAGGAGGUCAAAAAAGGCCCCGUCUUCAUCAGCGAGAAUGGCGUUGGCGGAGACCAGCACGUCUACCCAAUCCACUGGAGCACCGACCGGGCUCUUCAUCAAUACGCCUCAGAGCACUACGAGAGCUGGCGUUGCGAAGACUCCCCCAAGCCAGAACUCUUCAACUACGGCGCCUUCGGAGAAAACAUCGUCGGCACCAACAUGAACGAGGAGAACGUCUGCGUCGGCGACAUCUUCCGCAUCGGCAAGGACGUCGUCGUCGAGGUCAGCGAGCCCCGGAGUCCAUGCUACAAGCUGAACCUCCGCUUCGAAUGGGGCCGGGCUCUCAAGCGCGUCAACCGUACGGCGCGUCCCGGUUGGAAUAUGCGGGUGCAGAAGACAGGGUGGGUUUGCGAGGACGAUUCAAUUGAACUGAUUGAACGUCCGAACCCGCGCUGGUCCAUUUUGAAUAUCAAGCGCGUGAUCCAGGGAAAGAACGUCGCUCUUCCUCUGGUUGCAGAGUUGUGCAACUUGAGCGUCGUGACGAGCAUGGUCCGGGACUUUGCCAACAACCGCCUGCAGUCGACGCCCAAGAGUUACGAAGUCGUCGAUAUCACGCCCAUCACCUCGAGGGUCAAACAGUUUACGUUCCAGCUACGGGAGCCUUUUACGAUAAAUGACGCCGCGUUCAAGGGGUUUGCGUUUGCACAAAUUGACUUUGGCUCGGACGGUGAAAGAUACUCUCGGUCAUAUUCAAUUGUGUCGGGCGACCUGAACCAAUUUUGUCUCGGUGUAGCCUUUGACGAUCAUUCCAGAGGCGGGUCGAAAUACCUGCACACAAAACUCAAAGUAGGAGACAAGAUCACCAUGGCUCCCGGAGGAGUACCCAAAGCCAUCGAAGACGAAGAAAGAUGUAUAAAGGAGAAGCUGGUCGACAGACGGAUCAUCAUUAUCGGGGGCAUUGGCGUCACGUCUUGUCUUCCCGAGAUUACUCAAUGGGACGAACAGGGCAUCGACUACGAAGUGCAUUACGCAUCGCGUAGCCGCGAGGAGGCUGCUUUCCUGGAUCGCUUCCCUUCCGAGAAGGUGACACUCUACGCAAAGACCGAAGACAAUCGACUCGACUUGAACACAUUGAUCCCCGGUCCUGACAAGGACGGCAAAUAUACCACGAGAAUCUACUGCUGCGGUCCGACUGGUCUGAUGAACUCGGCUCAGAAGAGAGCGCAGGAUCUGGGUUACCCAGAACACAUGCUGCAUUUCGAGAGUUUCGGGGCAGACUCUGCUGGGACGAAGGGCGAUCCGUUCACCGUCGAGGUCGACGAGCUCGAGUCUGGGCGAAAGGAGACCCUGGAUGUGCCCUCAAACAAGUCUUUGCUUACGACGCUUCGGGAGGCAGGCUUCGACAUGACCUUCUUCUGCGAGAUGGGCGGUUGCGGGGCGUGUAAGGUGACUGUAUGUGAUGGCAAGGUCGAUCAUAAAGGAACGGCUCUGUAUCCUGAUGAGAAGAAGAACAACAUGCUCAGCUGCGUUAGCCGAGGGAGAGGCCAUAUCAAGAUCGAGCUGGACUAA